GAGUAUUUCCAGGGCGAGGACUCCUACCGCUGCGGGUACUGCAAGAACGAGUCGGGCAGUCGCUCCAAUGGCAUGUGGGCACAUUCCAUGACGGCACAGGAUUAUCAAGAUCUUAUAGACCGAGGAUGGCGAAGAAGUGGAAAAUAUGUGUACAAACCUGUCAUGAAUCAAACCUGUUGCCCUCAGUACACAAUAAGGUGCCGACCUUUACAGUUUCAGCCUUCAAAAUCUCAGAAGAAGGUUUUGAAGAAAAUGUUGAAAUUUCUGGCUAAAGGGGAAAUUUCCAAAGGAAAUUGUGAGGAUGAGCCCAUGGAUUCCACAAUGGAUGCUGCUGUGGCAGGUGACUUUGCAUUAAUAAAUAAGUUGGACAUACAGUGUGAUCUUAAAAUGCUCAGUGAUGACCUCAAAGAAAGCAUGGAGAGCGAAGAGAAGAAAGGAAAAAACUCCAAGAAGAAAGAAUCUAAUGAUUUAAUGCAGUCACAAGCUAUAGAAGAGAAGCUGGGCUCUGGUGAACCAUCACAUUCAGUUAAAGUUCACACAGUUCCUAAACCAGGCCAAGGGGCUGAUUUGAGUAAGCCUCCAUGUCGAAAAGCAAAGGAGAUCCGGAAAGAAAGGAAAAGGUUAAAACUAAUGCAGCAAAACCCUACUGGAGAACUUGAGGGUUUCCAGGCUGAAGGUCAGCCACCAUCUUUGUUCCAACCAAAGGCUAAAUCCAACCAGCCCAAAUCACUUGAAGAUUUGAUUUUUGAAUCUUUACCAGAGAAUGCAUCACACAAGUUAGAGGUGAGGUUAGUACCUGUCUCCUUUGAGGACCCUGAGUUCAAGUCGUCCUUCAUCCCGUCCUUUGCUUUGUAUGUCAAGUAUCAAAUGGCCAUACACCAGGAUCCACCUGAUGAGUGUGGGAAGACCGAGUUCACAAGAUUCCUUUGCAGUUCACCUUUGAAGGCAGAGAACCCCCCUAAUGGGCCAGACUGUGGUUAUGGCUCCUUUCACCAGCAGUAUUGGCUUGAUGGAAAGAUUAUUGCUGUGGGGGUGAUUGACAUCCUUCCAUACUGUGUAUCAUCUGUAUAUUUGUACUACGAUCCUGAUUAUUCAUUUCUGUCUCCCGGUGUCUACUCUGCACUGCGAGAAAUUGCUUUUACUAGGCAACUUCAUGAGAAGACAUCUCAACUCAGCUAUUAUUAUAUGGGUUUCUACAUUCAUUCGUGUCCAAAGAUGAAAUAUAAGGGUCAAUAUAGACCUUCUGAUUUGUUGUGUCCUGAGACAUAUGUUUGGGUACCCAUCGAACAGUGCCUGCCUUCACUUGAACACUCCAAGUACUGCCGUUUCAACCAGGACUCAGAAGCAGCGUUGCUCAUUAAGCUACAUGUGAAGAGUAAGUCAGUGACUGAAAAUUGUCAGAGACAGGGAAACCAGAGUAAAAUUCUGAGCACUUCUCUAGCAGAGGUAACAGUUAUCAAGCAUGCUCAGUGUGAUAAGUAUCAAAAGGGGGAAAUAGAAGAGGUAGAGAGUCCACACUUGAGGGUCUUAAGCACAGAUUUGGAUAGGGCGUAG